UGUAAACAAUUGCACAGAAUCUGGAACAGAAUGUCACCAAACAGAAGUGGGAUUCCCAAAAUGUGUGGAGCCUGCCUUUUCGCUUUCAAUCCCUUUGCUCUACUUGCUGCUGUAACUCUGAGGGUGAGCCAGGACAGCGUGAAUGGAACUGUUGGUGAGUCUGUGCUGUUAGCAGCCUCUUACACUGUCUCGGACCCAGACGGUUACUUGCGGAUCAGAUGGACUAGAGCUGGGAUCAGAAUGGUGGACUACAGGUGCAUAUCGGAUAGAGACCACAGCCUGUCUGAGCGCUGUCACUACCUGCCAGUUCCCGGUGAUUACAAACACCGAGUGGUUCUUUUCCCAGAGAAUGCCUCACUGCUGCUGCAGCGCUUACAUUUCAAUGACAGCGGAAUUUACGAACUGUCCAUCAGCCACUCGCAGGGAACAGAAAUCGCCAAGAUCACUUUAGUGGUGCAGAACACCACAGAGUGUGGAAUGGAUACAAACAUGAAAAAAACACCAAGAGCCAUAGCUAAAAUUCGAUACGCUAGCCUUGUUGUUAUUUUGAUCUUCCUGUGUUUCACUGUGAAAACACAAAGAGGCUGUAAUCGAAUACAGAAACAAACAGUAAAGAAAAAGAUUGCUCAGGGUGGUUGGAAUUCAUUAUCGAACAACUCUGCUGUGACAUUCAGUGAGGUGAAGUUGUAUAAAUCUACAGGAGCUACAGGAGCUACAGGAGAAAGGAGGAUGCAUGCCACUGAUGAGAAUAUAGAACAUGCUCGGAUUCAGAUAUUGAGGACCUGAUCAUAACAUAAUGAUUAUACUGUUUAUAUUUUUCCA